AUGCUGCGGGCCGUCCUGAAACUCUGCUGUGGAAUCACAUACCCACAUCUACGGAGCAUGGCAGGUCUGCAGCGAGCAGCUCUGGCGGCGUUCGGCCAGGAGAUCGCACACUUGCAGAGCAGAGGACAAAUGGCCCUUCCAGCAUGGAGCCCUUUGAGAUGGACUGAAAAGGCGGUGGAGCAGAGGACGGCUGCAUUGGCCGAUGAGGACGUGUUUUAUCUGAAACAAGGAGAAGCAGCGCUGAAUGAAGCUCUGAAGAUCGUGGAGUCUGAGGACGGAUGGAAACUGGAGACGGCCGAGAAGAAUGGAGAUGUGAUCUAUAGCAAAGUUCUCACCGGCAACAGGAAGGUUUUCCGAUUAGAGGCCGAACUGAACGCGUCUCCAGAGGAACUUCACAAAAUCUUGUUCUUCAGAGUGGAGGAGAUGCACGAAUGGAACCCCAGCAUCAGACACAUCAAAGUGCUAAAACAUGUGGGCAGGAACACCAUGGUUACACACGAGGUUUCGUCGGAAACGACGGGAAACCUGAUUGGCCAGCGGGACUUCCUGAGCGUCAGACAUUCGUCCAAGCGCGAGUCACGUGUUUAUUUGGGCGGAGCCGCGACGCGGUUGGAGUCUCUGCCGCCUCAGCCGGGGUUUGUCAGAGCUGAAGAUGGACCCACCUGCAUCAUCCUGCAGCCGCUUCAGGACCGUCCCGAACGCAGUCGCUUCAUCUGGCUGCUCAACAUGGACGUCAAGGGUUGGCUCCCGCAGUCACUAGUGAACAAGGCUCUUCCUCGAGCACAGGCGGACUUCACUAAACACCUGCGGCGCCGGCUGGCCGCUCAAAACUCAGAAAACAGCAGAUGCUAAGAGUCAGACAUCAACACUGACGACGAUAUAGGA